AUGGAGCAGAAUUUGGAUUUACCCAUUGCGCUGCGGCGCACACGGCGCAGUCUGGGAGGCCAAAGCGUCCAGAAACCCCCAACAACAACAUCAACAACAACAUCAACGUCAACAUCAACACGCGUAACCCCUAAAAAGGUCACACACAAACGAGAUGCUCCCGUCUCGCAAACACCAAAAUCUCGCAAACGACGCGUUAGAUUCUCAGACCCAGGCCCUCAAACCACUCGGGAUCACCAUGCUAGCCCAUCAACGGGCCUAACCCCCCUAAUCAAGCGGACAACACUAUCCAGCAGCAGCAAGACCCCGCGACGGCGUUCCACCCCAGCUCGAUUCUGUCCCGGCAGCGGCAGCGGCAGCGGCAGGGGGCCAGGCCCCCUCAACCCCUUUAACACCCCAACCUCCCCCUUUAGCGGCGAAGUCCGAUUUCUCCCCUUACGUCAGGUCCUAGACGGGCGUGUAAAACGCCGCAUUCGACGGAAUGGACUAAGCGAGGAGAUGAACACCAUUUCGGCAGAGAAGAGACGGCGGUCGGAGGAGGCGAAGGCGGAAGUGGAGAGGUUGAGGGCGGAGCUCGCGGAGAAGGAUCAGGAGAUUGAAAGGUUGCAGGAUGAGACGGUUGUGUUGGAUACGGAGAGGGUGUGGGAUUUGGAGAGGCAGGUUGAGAUGUUGAGGAGGGAGUUGGAGGGUCGGUCUGGAGGGGCGGGGGGUGACCGGACCGGAGGGUCUGAGGAGGAGGUGUUCACCGACUUUGACGACGAUACGUACUUGCCGGACGGGCCCGAGGAGAUGGUGUCGAGCACGCCACCACGGCGUAUGCAGAUGUCCUUCCAGACGUCGUUCCCCACGCCGCCUGCGACCAGCCCGGAGCCUGGGAAGAUGAUGUCAUCACCACAGACGCCUUCACGACGGUUGUUAUUCGACACGCCACGGUCGAGUCUGAGUAUCGAAGUGGAUCCUUGGGCUACGGAGAGGGAAGAACUGGAGGAGGAACUGGAUUCGCUACGGCUUGAAGUCACCAAGUUGUCGGCCUCGCUAGAGACCUACACGACCUUGACAACCCGGUUAUCCAACCAUCUCCCACACCCACCCACGGAGAAUUCUUCUACCCAAGAACCGACCGAAGAAUUAGACCUCGAAACCCGUCUCACCACGGUCCUCCACAACCUCACCUCCCAAACAACCACCCUCUCCGAACUCACCACCUCUCUCCAAACCCUCGGCUUCCCCGGCUCCGACGCCUUCUCCAUCCUCGACUCCCUCCGCACCGCCUUCCGCACCGCCCGCCUCGAACUCGAAUACCUCUCCCCCGGCGAAAGCACCUUACCCCUCACCGGCUCCGGCGCAGCCCUCCUCACCCACCUCCUCACUCAACUCCGCACCUUAUCCACCCAACACCGCGCGGCCACCGACGCCCUCGACGAGGCCCACGCCUCCCAGGUUUCUUUGCGGCAACAACUCAGCGCGCGUGCCUCGGCUAUGGAUACCCUCGCCGCGGAGCUGACCACCGCCCAACACGACCGUCAGCGGGCUGACGCUCGCGUGGCAGAUCUCGAGCACCGGCUUACGAGGCUACGCACCGCGGCGCGCGCGUAUGCUAGUGAGAUUGUCGACCUCGAACAGCUGGUUCACCAGCUCGAAGACGAAAUCGAAGACAAAUCUACUACCAUCACCGACCUCGACGGGAAACUGAUCGCUGCCCUGACACAAACUGCCGCUCUCCAAGAUGAAAUCACUGCCCUGACUGCGACACACCAGCUAGAACUGGCCGAUCGGGAGGGAGAAACGAAAAAGUUAGGGUCGGAACUGGAUACGGCAAAGGGUGCGUUGGAGGAGAUGAAAAGUGUGGUGGAGGAGUUGAGGAGGGAGAAGGACGAGUUGGGGGCCGUGAGGGCACGGGAGAGGAGGGGGGCCGUGGAGAUGAUGGGAAGGAUGAGGGGGGAGUUGGAGAGGGUUAUGGGGAUUGUGAGGGAGGGGGAGGAGGUUUGGGGGGGUGAUGGAGGUGAGCUAUGA